UAUAUUAUGUACUGUCCCGAUUGGGAGGAAUACAAUCUGUGUUUGAGCUCAACUCUAUAUUCCAACAUGAUAUCAGUUUGAUCCAAUCUACGUUUCCGCCAUGGCCACCGAGGUCGCCGCCGCCGCCGCCGCGGUCUCCUCUCCGGCUACCUCCUCCCCUCUCUCUCCUCCCGCUACCUCUCCCCUGCCAAACCCAUCUCUGAGUGUCACUACCGCGCCUCUCCCUCUCCAGACGGCGCCGCCACCCGCCUUCUACACGACGCCCGCGUACAUGCAUGCCAUGCGUGUCGAGAACGCUCACAUCAAUCUCCCCGUCCGCCUCGCCAUGAACGACGGCAAUUACACUGUCUGGCGGGGGAUGUCGCCUCUUGGAUCGCGCCAGACUUCGCCGACCACGCCGGUGACGCGUGCUGGAACAUCGUCAACAAGGCGGUGAAGCGGUGGUUCCUCGGCGCGAUGGUGACGGAGCUCGCCGCCUUCAUGCUCGACCGGGAGGCCACCGCCGCCCAGACCUGGGCCUCCGUCGAGGCUCUCUUCGUCAACAACUGUCGGGCGCGGCGUUUCCAGCUCCAGACGGAGCUCUCCGAAACUCGUCAAGGGGACUCCUCCAUCUCCAUUUUAUGCGCUCGCCUCAAGUCCAUCUCCGACGCGCUGCGCGACGCCGGCAAGACUCUGGAUGAUGACGAGUUGGUCAUCCAACUCCUCCGCGGCGUCAACAAAGAUCGGCAUCAGACCACCGCCAAGAUUAUAGAGAAGUCCUCAACUCCCGUUCCUUUUGACGUCGCCGUCGGCAUGCUUCUGCACGAUGAGAUCGGCAACAACUUCGCCGGCUCCACCCAUCACAGCGCCCUCGCUGUCCAGCAGCGGGGCCCGUCGCCCGCGCCCUCGGGUGUGGCCUCCGGCGGUCAGGCUCGGCCGCCCGCCCCCGGUCUCGGCGGCGGCAAACCGUCUUCUCCAUCACCCAACCAGGGGCACAACAGACGCCGUCGCUACACCAACAACGGCGGAUAUCAAGGCGCCGCCACUUCACCCCCGCCAUGGACGAGGCAGGUCUAUGCCUACCCCAUGGCCCUGCCUCCUCCACCCCGCUCGGCGCCGGGCAUCCUCGGCGCACGGCCACCACAGGCCCAUGCCGCCUUCGGCAGCCCCCCGCGGCAGCAGCCGUACUCGUUCUACCCGGGGCUUUCGAUGCAGCUGCACCAGCCGUCGCCCUUCAUGCAUCAGCCGGCCGCCUUCCACCAGCAGCCGUUCUUGCCGGCGCCUCCCCAACAGCAACAAUACCACCCUCCAGCGGCGUCCAGCUCCGAUGCUCAUGGCGUUGAUCACGCGGCGCUGAUGGGCGCCCUGCACAACCUCUCGCUGCAGUCGCCUAGUGGCGGCUGGGUUGCGGACUCCGGCGCCUCCACUCACCUCGUGACCGAUCCCGGACUUUGCAACCAAGGCGGAACUUCUUCGGUGCAACAGUGAAGGCGAGUUGUACGACGUCCUCCCUCCAGCCGCACCCGCUGCUCUCGCCAUCACCGUCUCAUGCCUCGUCGACCUCUGGCACCGGCUUUUGGGUCAUCCCGGCGAUGCUACUUUCCGUUCCAAUAAAUCUUUAGAACAUUGUAAUAAACCUGUAGUGGCUGGGCGCUUAUGUCAUGCUUGUCAAACCAGAAAACAUGUUCGUCUACUAUUUACCUCUUCGACUAGUCACACUACUCUGCUUUUGAUCUCUUACAUUGUGAUCUUUGGACAACACCUUUGUCUAGUGUU